AUCUUCUUUCCUCAAUAUCACCCACAAGAACAAGAGAGAGAAAGAUUUAGAAAAAUGUGUAGAGGCUUGAUCUUUAAUGAAGAAGAGAACAGAAGAAGCGACGGUGGUGGUUGCCGGAGUCUUUGCACGAGACCGAGUGUUCCGGUUAGGUGUGAGCUUUGUGGCGGCGACGCCUCCGUGUUCUGUGAGGCUGACUCGGCGUUUCUAUGUAGAAAAUGUGACCGGUGGGUUCAUGGAGCGAAUUUUCUAGCGUGGAGACACAUAAGGCGCGUGCUAUGCACUUCUUGUCAGAAACUCACGCGCCGGUGCCUCGUCGGAGAUCAUGACUUCCACGUUGUUUUACCGUCGGUGACGACGGUGGGAGAAGCCACCGUGGAGAGUAGAAGUGAACAAGAUAAUCAUGAGGUUCCGUUUGUGUUUCUCUGAUUUUUUAGUUUUUUUUUUUCUUUUUUUUUUUUGGUGUAAGAUAUAAAUAUUCCUAGGUUUU